UUGGAAUCAUUACCAAGAUAUUUGUAAACCAAGAUAUGUUCAGUUCAACCAUUUUUCCCCUGUUUUUGUAGAUGGGGUUUUAAAAAAGCCAUGGGUUUUUGAGGGAACAGGGAGGAGUUUUAGCUAGAAGUCUCAAAGCCUCAAGUUUCUUCCUUAACCUUAAAUUUCUUCUCCAAUGACAAGUAAAGUGAUACCUCAGUACUCAUCAUUCAUUGGUUCCAGAAGGCACAAAUGAUGAAAAUGACAAAUAAUGAAUUUUUCCCAUGAGGAAUACAUCUCCAGUCUUCAGCCUAACCAUCCUUUCCCCAAGCUGUUACCCAAAGGGCUAAGUGGGGCCAGCCCAGCCCAGUCACAGUCCACCCUUCCUGACCCAACUCACUUUCUGGGAGGAGCCUUCAAAGUCUUCUUCCACCCCGCACUGCUCCAAGUAUCAAUGGGAAGGGGGUAUCCUGGAUAUGGAGGCAGAAGCUGUGGGCUCACACUGUUUGCUGCCCAUGGCUCCAGGCUGCCAGGAGUCCUGGGUCCUGCACCACCGCUACCCCACCUGAGCUCCUGCUCUGCUGUCACUGGCAUGGCCUCUGAUCCUCUUCCUGUUCUUCUGCUGAGCAUGCCAGGCAUUCCUUGCCUCUUCGAGGACUACAGUGUGGGCUCUGGGACACUAUAUGUUGCAGCCGGGUCAUCCUGCAGGAGCUGCUCCAGAAGUUGCCCGGCAAAUAUGGUCUUCAAGCUAACAGUCCUGCACACCGGUGGGGAGCAGCUGCCCACAGCUGAGGACAGUAGCAGCCAGGCUGGUGGCACCUGGCCAGCUGCUCAGUCAAGACAGGCACCAGGCUCAGUGAGUGCACAGCAGGCAACCAGUGCCCAGCAGGCAUCCAAUCAGAGCAGGUAUCCAGUGCAGAGCAGGGAUCCAGUGCACAGGAGGUAUCCAAUGCUGAAGCACAUUUUUCUUGUCAAAAUGUGUCAGAUACCAAAUUGAACAAGUUUGGAAGCAAAUAAGUGCUGAGGUCCCGGUGUAUUGAGUAUCUUAUGUCCCAUUCACUGCUAAAUGCCAAAGGUAUAAAAUCACAAAAAAAACUCAUUUCCCUCAAGGAGCUUCCAUUCUUUCCAGAGGGAUGCUUUGCACAAAAAUGUAUACAAGUAUUCAUUAUUACAAAAUAAAUAUCUUUUACAAAGUUGUUAUUUUGUAUAUGACUACAUUCAAAAUAAAUACAAGGUAAUUUGCAGGGAAGAAAACACAAAACAGCUGAGGGGGGUCAGGAAAGAUGCUGCUUGGAAGCGGAGCUUGAACUGAGCCCAAAGGGAAGCUUGGGUUUCCAGCAGAUGGAGGGGGAAGAAGGAGAGCACGUCAUGAUUAUCCGGGAAAAGCAGAGCCCAGGCAUACUGCUGGAGAGAAGGUACAAAAGGGCUAAUUUGGGAAGGUCACAGGAAAUAAAGGCAAAUAUUAUAGAGCUGGGCUAGGAAGGUAGAUUG